AUGUACAUGUCUCUCUUCCAUCCAUUCAUUCCAAUCAAUCCAACAACAACAACAACAACAGUCUCAAGAUCAACAAAUCUUCUGGCUGAUCAAAAGUAUAUGAUGAGAUCUUCCUCAUCUGAAUCCAAUUUAAAUUUAAAACAACAAUUGAAUAAAUCCACCUCAUCCUCUUCGUUAAUAUCGUUAUUAAUUAAAAGAAGAUUAGAGGUUGAAGAAAAGGAAGAAAAAGAGUCAAUUAAACAUCAUCAACAACAAGAGGAAGAAAACGCCAGCAACAAGAUAAUUAAAAAACAGAAAAGGCAUCAAGAUAAUAAUCAUCAUUCGAGCAGCAGCAGCAACAUCAACAAUAGUAGGAGCAAAAGUGCCAGUACACUACCAAACUUUUCCACUCUCUCUUUUGACUCACCAAAAAAAUCUUCGUCACAAUUGGAGAUAGAUUGGAAUCCGAUCAAUUUUAAACAGAAUCAUCCAGAUAAAGAUAAAGUAAAAGAGAAAUUUAGUAUUGGAAAAUUAGUAACUCUUACAAAAAAGAACAAAGAUAAAAAGAAACAACAACACCAACAACAACAAAAAGACAACAAAAUGAUGAAAAGUAGUUCCUUGCCAGUUGUCAAUACAACAACUGUAUCUGCAAGUGGAAAUGGUGGUAACAAUGACGAAAAUAUCGUUGGAAAUGGGAAUGGAGCUUCUCCAGCCAUACCAACCACCGCCACUACACCCUCCAAGAAAAACAAUGGCAAUUUCAUGUCACAUUUCCUUGGCAGAAAAAAGAGUGCCACUGCUCAUACAUCCAGUGAGAACUUGUCCAAAUUCCAACAACAACAACAACAACAACCAUUGCACCAUGCUAGCACUGGAAAUUUACAUUCACUUUUAAAUCAAAGUCAAAAUAAUCAUAAUCAUAAUAAUAAUAAUAGCAAUAAUAAUUUAUCAGUUAAAGUUGGAUCAAAAAUAGAUUCAACUACUAAUCAAACAACAACAACAACAACAACAACAACAACACCCAUUUCAAAUACAAAUGGAAAUAAUAAUAAUAGUAAUAAUAAUAAUAUAAUGAUUGGAGGAACUUUUGGAAAGAGAUUAUCUAGUUCUAAUUUAUUAUCCAAUGUACCUCCACCACCUUCAACUACUAACACAUCACCCGCAACAUCAUCCAACACUGUGAAUACUCGACCAAUUGUAAAGUCACCUUCUUCAAGUGCUGUCUCUCCAGCAUCAUCCACCUCUCGAUCAUCAUCCAUCUCGCUAUCAGCCUCUACAAACUCUGACUCUUCACAACUAUCAGAAUGCGAAGAGUUGUUGAUCAAGGGAGGAAUAGCACCACCAGCAUCAGCAUCAGCAUCAAAACAACGAACCCCAUCUAAAAAUAACCUUACACUAAAGGAAAAAGAAAAACUACUAGAUGAAUUAAACAACUCGACAACAACACUUGGUAAUAUAAAGUUUGACAUUAAUGGAUCUGGUAGUAGCAAUAGUUUGAAUGGAGAGCCUAUUGUCAUUGUAUCGCGACCAAGUGAUGAUAAAACCUGGCUUGUACCAGAUGACAUUGACAUUGAUGAAAUCAAGACGAGAUCAAUAGAAUACAUUGAAUAUAUUUUGGCUAAACUCAGUGAACAUCAAAAGAACUUAAACUCACACCCCAAUGGAAACACAUCAAUCUAUCAAUUGGACGACUUGAUGCAACUAGAAUCAUUUGAAAAAAAGUGUCGUAUUCGUCACGACAUUGCAGUCAUGUUGGAAAUUAUCAAACAGUUUAAUAUUGGUUUCGAUUUGAUUGAUAUGGAAAUUGAUUUUGAUUUGGGUGACGAGAUGGAAAGAAAGACAUUUCUCCUUGCCAAAAAGGUUCUCUAUCUUAAAAUGGAAGUUAAAAAAUCUUUUACUAAAAAACGUGCAAAUAUUUUAUUUACUAUAAUUCAUUGUAUAUUCCAAUUUUUACAAGCUAGUAUAAUUCCAAAAGAAGUACCAACUAUACCAUUAGAAAUGAGUAUUACAAUGGGUAACGGGUCAGGACUUCAUCCACAUAUUGGGUCAAUUGUUUAUAAAAGAGGUUAUUUAAAUAAGAAAAAGGGAAGAUCUUUGGGAACUAAAUUUUCAACCAAAUGGGUCAUAUUAACACAUUCACAUUUAUUAAUUUAUAAUAAUGAUAAAGAAGAAGAAUUAUUACAUAAAAAAUCAUUAAGUGAUUUAACAAGUAUUCAAUUGACACCUUUGACAAAAGAGGGAUAUCAAAAUUGUUUUACAGUAUCAUUUGUUUAUACAAAGAAUGAAACAUCGCCAUCAUCAUCUGGUGGAGCCAGUGCCGACAGAGACGAAUCAGCAAAUAUGAUGAUGAUGGAUGUCGACGACUGGAAUGUUUCAUCAUCGAAUCUACACAUGGCGGCAGCAUCAUCCAAACAGAAAAAGGUAAAGAGCUUUGUAUUCACCACAACAAGCGACUCUCCCAACGAAGAAAUGAUAGAGUGGAUGUUGUCCAUCGAUGGUGUCAUCCAUUCCAAUUUCAAAUCAUUGAUGGAUCUAUCAAUCAAAGAGCAAUUCCUUUCGAGCUUCAAAGCAGCCACCAAGUUUAGAGGAGGUCUCUUUAAACAUCGAGACGAAGAGUGGCACUAUAGCGGUGAUGGCCGAUUGGUCAACGAAAACUUGGAUGGCCAACGAAUCGAAUACACUUGGGAUGGAUGCACGCUAUCGCCAGACAACAAGGACAGUACGCUAGGACGAGGUCGAUGGAACGGAGUAUUCUUGGCGUGGUACGGAGGUGUUGGUGGAACAGACCGUGAACCAUACCUCAAAUAUCUAUACCAACCAAUCGAACGAAACUAUAUAGUCGACUCUUAUCCAGUUCGUCAACAAUUCACUUGGACAUGGUCUCGCCAUUUCUUGGUGUCUUCAGGUGGUGGUGCUGGUGAAUGGUUGAUUGAAGGUGAUGUUCCUCCUUGUCUUGUAAUGUUGGUUCAAAUGAUGAAAUAUUAUAAACUUGGAAGAUAA